UGGAGACAAGACAAAGAUUGUGGAUGGCAUCUCAUCCUUGUCCCAACGCCUAUUCCCAUUCUAGGCCAUACCUUGUUCACGCUCACCACCGUCAUCAAGAGCCCCUCCCGCCUCUUCACCCCUCUACUGCGCUGCGCUGUGCAUCGACGCAUCAAUCACGUCGCCCGUUCCCGUGGGAAAAUGGCACUUGGAUGGUGACAGACGCGCGUGGAACAUAUUCGUGCAGCUAACACCACACUACAUACAGUACACACUACCGGUACCUCUCAACACCCUGGUCAUCUCCAGGUAACGUAGACCGCCCAUACGUUGGGCCUGUUUCCCCACAUGUCCACGACCACGCUUUACCUUGCUCUCUCUCUCUCUCUCUCGCUCU